AUGAUCGUCGUCUUGGUGGAAUGCUACUAUCAUAAUCCGUGUGUGAAGGAGAUAGCCCUAGGAGGGGGGAGGGGAGGGGGCGGAGGACAGGUCAUGAUAAAGAGGGUGCCGCCUGGAGGUGACACGCGAGGUAAACAUGUUUACUGCUGGCUUGCAGCAGUCAACAGCGGCUACCAGCCUUGGGCAUAUAUCAUCAACACCGCUACUGACGGGGAGCCAAUGGCAACGCUACAUCUAUCCCCCCCUCCCCUACGCUAUAUAUCCGAUGAAUGA